CCCCACAGCCCUCCGGGGGGCACCGGCCCGCCCCGCUCCCCGCUCCUGCGGCGGGGACCGGCGGGGGAGCGCGGCCUCCGGGGCACCGCGCCGCAGGCCCGACCGGCGCCCGCCGAGGAGAGCCGGGCUGGGCGGCACGGCGCCGCACGGCAGGGAGGCGAAAGGGCGCUCCCGAGGUCACCGAGGGCCACCGGCGGGCCGAGGAGGGGAGCACGGCGGGGCGCCCCGGGACCGCGGGCGAGUCUCUCGCCGUUAAUCCCCAGUGGCGAGGUAGGGAUUUUAGUGGAAGCCGUGGUCUGUCGGGAUGAGUUUUCUGCUGCCCAAACUGACCUGUAAGAGGGAAGUGGAUCAGGCAAUAAAAAGCGUGGCCGAGAAGGUUUUGGUUCUCCGGUUUGGAAGAGAUAACGAUGCUGUUUGUCUGCAGCUCGAUGAUAUUCUUGCAAAGACAGCUCAUGACCUAAGUAAAAUGGCAGUCAUUUACCUGGUGGAUGUGAACAAGGUUCCAGUGUACACCCAGUAUUUUGACAUCAGUUAUAUUCCAUCUACUGUAUUUUUCUUCAAUGGACAACACAUGAAGGUUGAUUAUGGGUCUCCAGAUCAUACCAAAUUUGUAGGAAGCUUCAAAACAAAGCAAGACUUUAUAGAUCUCAUUGAAGUGAUUUACCGUGGAGCAAUGCGUGGAAAGCUCAUUGUGAGAAGUCCUAUUGAUCCCAAUAACAUUCCUAAAUACGACCUUCUCUACCAAGGAAUUUAGUGGGUUGACCUGAGAUAAAGGAAUUACGGAAAUGGCCGAUGUUCUAGAUCCCUUUUUUUCUUCAAGCGUUUUUAGCCACCUCUGACACCAUGGGAGAGUUUGAGCAUUUAUGUUCAAGGAUCAUAUUGGUCUCCUUCUGAAGACAGACAUUCUGUCACCUCAUACUUUUCUCAUAAAUAAAGCUACAUGUUCAUGCAUAGUA